CCGUCCUUUGUCAAAACAAAUUCAAAUCAAUUUUCAGACAUGGCCUUUUUUGUUUCCUGAUAAAUUAUUACAAAACAUGGAGGAGCCCGACUUUGUAGGUUGCGUUAGUUGCAUGAGCACUACCGAUUUAUACGACCUAUUUGCUGCUUAUUCCGAUAAUGUGGAAACUUAUGCAAAAAUGUUAGAAACCUGCUUCGACUUGAAGGUGUUGAAUAUAUCUAAAUAUAUUUGUGCGGUAUGUUCUCAAAAGUUGGAAGAAGCAGUCGUUUUCAAAGAACAGACUUUAAAGAACAUUUCCAUGCUGCAGACUAUAAAAGAUGAGGAAUACCUAGAUGAGUCGAUACUGGAAGAGGCAGAUGCGCCCGAGGAGGUGGAGCCUCAGGAAGCAGCCUCCGGGCGAAACUUGGAGGCUGGCGAUGAAAAUGAAAUGGACGGAGAGCUAGACGAGCAGUACGCCAUCCAAGCCCUGGACGAGACCACGUGCAUCUACUGCGACCUGACGCUGUCUGAUGCUGCCGAGGUGGAAGAGCACGUGCGCUCCGUGCACGGGCUGGAGCCCCGCACGGGGCUCCGCCUCCAAGAGUGCAACAUGUGCGGCGCCACUCUCACCCACGACGUUUUGGACCACAUCAACAGAUGCCACGGGGCUAGCUCGGGAGACACCCGCCGCUACCCGUGCCACUUCUGCGACAACAUCUAUACUAGUAGGAAAGCCUGCUACACACACCUGCGAAUGAAACAUGGCUUGAAACUCAGCAACGACCAAACACCUAAAUACACGCCCCGCGAACGCAAAAAAUGCCACAUCUGCGAUCGCGACUUCAGUCAGAAGCAGAUCCUGAAUAAGCAUCUGUGGAAGGUUCAUGGCUACGAGGUGGAAAAACGCAAAGCCUUCCUGUGCCCCUUAUGUCCAAACCGGGUGAGCUACGGCGCUCAGUUCAGCCGGCACCUGCUCACAGAACACCGAGUGAGGGAACACGUGGAAAGGCUGCACCUACACUCUAUGGACGAGUUCAUGUUAUUCAAAAGUGCCAUACAAGAGGAGACAAAGUACCGUUUCCGAAAAACAACCGCCAGCAAACAGACGAUAGAGGGCGUGCGGUCGCACUAUAUGUGCAGCCAGUCCGGAGUCUAUGUAUGUCAGGGUAAAGGCAAGCGUCCAGCGCCCGAGCGGCAAAUCUACAAGACGGGCAAGGCGUGCCCCGCGCACAUGAUCGUGACCGAAACCACCGAGGGCGUGCUAGUCACCUUCCACAAGACACACGUCGGCCAUGGCCCGUGCCCGUACUACCAGCCCCGCGAGACCAAGAAGCCCAAAACGGAGGCCAUCGCAACCCUCCCGCCGGACCCGGAGCCGGAGGCCGAGGCCGAGGAGGCCGCUGGGUUCGAGGCCGCGUGGAUCUGCGACUCGUGCGGCAUGGCGUUCGUUGACGCCAGCGAGUUCAGGGAGCAUGUCGCCACGCACGGACUAGUGCUGUUCCCGUGCCAAUACUGCGAGAGCGUAUUUCAAAAUCUAGAAGCCUGGUCUCGUCACCUGAGGAUCGAACACAACGUCUUGUUAUUCUGAGACGAAAAUUAUGUUUAGAAUAAGAGUAUUGGUUUUAUUUUGUUA